AUGACUGUCACACAAAUUGAAACCUCUACCUUCAUUCCAACUGUCACCAAAAGCAAUAAGUGCAGUGGCACCAACAGCAGCACUUCUCUCCAACUCUGUGAGAAUCUUUUAGCAACUUGGGACCCUUUCGGUAUCUCCUCAAACUCGAGCACUUCAAGAUCGACUUCGUCUUCGCGCACAAGUCACAGCUUUACCACUACGACUACAACUACCACAAAGCCAUCGUCGACCAGCAGUAUCCCAACUCCAGGAAAUCUUUACGUCUUCAGUGCCACUGACACGGAAAUCCUUGAUAUUAAUUCCUCUGGAAAUGUUGUCUUGUCCAAUCCAUCAUCAGGUCUCACUGCAGCAUUUAUUCUAAAUGCGGACGGCACGUUGACUUCGUACGGGUCUAAUGUGAAAAUCUUCGCAGACUUUUCAGACACAGUCACUGCCAAGCGCGCAAUCAAUAUCGCCUAUAGUCUUGGAUUUUGUCUUUCAGAAAACAUCCUCCGUCGUAGAGGCAGGGCUCGGGGACAUAUAAUCAUUUUCCCUCGUGCUGCUGGGGCAGAUGGCAAAUCGUAUGGCCAGUUUUCUAUCAGUAGUAGCUUACUACAACUUGAUAGUAACGGUUCUACUUAUGGCUGGGUUAACUGCGUAUCUAACAAUGUUGCGGUUUAUGAUACUGCUAGCGACGAUGUACCAGGGGAUUGCGGCGCUAUUGACUUGACGGCGUCCAGCGUUCCAACAGCAUCAUACUCACAGUAUUACUCCGCUGGCCUUAAGAGAAAGAGUCAGAUUAGUGGGGUAUCAACUUGUAGUAUUUCCCCAGGUAGUUCAUCGUCAAUCAGCACAACUAGUAGUCGGACUGGGGGGGCAACCGGUACGGCAACCUCGGGUAUUGACGUCCUACCGGAUGUGCCGUCUGGAACUUUGACAAACACUGCUGCUGAGGCCGACUUUACCAGCACAGAGGAUCCUUUCCCCGUCUUUGCCAUGGCUGCCUUCAAUGAGGGUAAUAUAUAUGUCAACGAUGAUCUUCAACUUGUUAUGCGAGAUAGGAAUGGCACUGACUUCCAUGGUUUCCAGUUGACAUCGGACGAUCAAAUGGUUUUCUACGGCGGCAACUUCACAGUUUAUGCAAAUACAUCUGUGAGGACUGUAGACUCAAUUGAUGACCGUGCCAUCUGCUAUGAGAACCGUAUCAUGCUCAUGCUAAGCCUUGACGGCAGUUAUCCUGCAGGUGCAACCAUGGGGCCAUUUAUUACGGAUCCUGAUGUUGGUCUCCUUUUAUUGAACUGGGUCUUCCUGGCCUGCGACGAAGAUUCACAUCUCGAGAUUGCUUACUUAGAUUGUCCCGUCAGAGAGGGUUGUAUGGCUGUGAACCCUGCUCUAUUCUUACUAGAUUCCUUAUCUAGACAACAGGCUUUAUAUAAUGGGGCUAUCCUCGCCCAAAAAGCAAUUCCGACCUCGACUUAUAUGGAACCAAACGCCACUACAAUUGUCUUAUAUGAGACCAAUGCGGUUAAUGCCGUGAGAGAUAUCCUUCUUCAGGGAGGUUAUUUCGAGUUUUGCUCUUCUGAACUCGGCCUCUACUUCACGAGUACUGUUACUGAAACUGAAGUUACAAUAGUCUCCACGGAGACUACUGCUGCUACUGAGACACUUUCCAUUGUCGAUUAUAGUGCAGUUGUCAUCGAACAGGUAACAACGGCUACGACACGUCAGACUACCACCACGACGACAUCCCCCUUCAACAUUCUCUAUACAAGUACAAGCAGGAGUGUUUCUUGGACUACUACAGCUACAAGCACCACAUCCUUCACUUCGACCCGGACCACCACAACAACAGCAUAUACGUGUACUUCAUUAACGACAAUCAAUACUAUAGCCUAUGCAACUAAGAGCCCACCUGUUACAUCAGGAAUUUUCACAACUACUUCAACCACCACUACUCGAAGGGGUCGUGGCUUAGGCGCGCGUGACGUAGCUUUUAGGGAAAGAGUCCAAGAUGCAGCUUUGACUCCCACGUACAUCCAGUCCUUUGACGCCGUUAUCGUUGCCUCAGCAUGCAGUUUAUAUUUCGAAAUUCUGUAUAAUAAUUUUGGAGUCACGCCAACAUCACUUACAUUCAUGGUAGACGAAACAAGUAUUAUAAAUGGCACGGAAACUACAUAUUCCUCUACAAGCACGAGCACUGCUAGUACAUCUUACAAUGUCCUCGGCACGGUGACAAGCUAUUCCUUCACUACUACUAUUACCAGUGCUUCGACGUCUUUGUCGAUAAAUACGAACUACGUUACAUCAACGACCAGGACGACCACAACUGCGAUCGAAUUACAGACACAUGUGGUGAGAACUGGAACAUUGACUACUACCACGACAACCGGCGGUAGUACGACUAGAACCGUAAUCGACGCAAGCACCACAACUGUCUGUCGCCCGCGCCAUAGACCAACUAACGGCGUAAUUGGCGGACAGCUAAUAUCCGGAGGGCGAGAGCCUUUAGAUAACUUCACCACCACCAGAAAUAUAACUUACGAUUUAAGCUUGUCUGAAGCGUCUAGGUACCAAGAACGCGGCUACGUUCUAUGGCGACAACUUCCCGGCGGGUUUCCUGCACCAGACGCCCCUAUUGAUGCUCGAGUCCAGGCUGACAAAUACCGGAACGAAACUGGAUGGGCUUGGGUCGGCUGGAACUUCUUCACUUGUCCCCAAACCACGUAUAGCGUCAGUGUCACCUACAAGUGGUUUUUUGACAAAAACAAUCAACAAUCUGUUUUUGGUCUUCCCGAUGCAGCAGACUACUACAAAAAUUCAGAAUUCAGUUUCUUUAUUUCAGGCCUUGGGGAUGAAUCAUACAAAAACGUAAAUGCCUAUGAUGUGCCUCUCCCGUCGGGUAAGGCUGCAUCGCUUGACGGUUCCCCAGACGGGGCCCUACGUAUGACAAGAGAAUUCACUGCCGUUUCAUGGGUCCAUGGUGUAUAUUUUGGGCUUAGUUGGAGGUUUAGACAUAAUUACACGACACCGGUUUUGACCGCACAACAGUAUAUGAUUAGCACCAACAGGCUCCUUAUAUAUGGAUUCAACAUAUCCGAUGAUAUCCCGCUCGCGGACAGGCCUGGGGUGUCGUGGUUCUUACCUAACUAA